CACUAAUUAUUCGUCAAAAAUUACUCUCAACGAAACGUCGUUUACAGAGCAUUCAAGUUCGUUUCAAGAAAUCAACUAUUACACCUCCAAACCAUCAACAGCUUCACCACCACCACCACCACCACCUCCAUCACCACACUAACCUCCCUCUCCUCCUCUACAGCCACCACCAACUAAAUAACAAUCAUGAAUCCACCAUCACCAACCCCCGACGAAUUCUCAUCUCUUCCUCUCGAAUUCGUCCCCUACCCUCCUCUACCUCCACAAACCACCCCUACUCCCAUACAAACCCCACCCGCACCCGCAUUCGCGCUACCAAAUCCGAACGCUGCAUUCCCCUCAUUUCCCAUUCCCAAGAAACGCCGCCGUGGCCGUCCCCAAAAAACCCAAACCUCCUUUCACUUCCCCCAAUUUUUUCCACCCAAAGCCGCACAAAACCAACAACAAAAAAAACUAGUCCCUGAUAUUUCAGAAGAAAUCAUAGUAAUCAACAAAGAAUCAACAAACGAAGCCUUAACUGGUCUCUCUGCUGGAUUCCCUGCUGAUUCCUUAACUGACGAGGAAAUAGAUGCCCGUGUGGUCACGAAUAUCGGUGGAAUCGAACAGGUUAAUUACAUUUUAAUUAGGAAUCAUAUAAUUGCGAAAUGGCGCGAGAAUGUUAAUGUUUGGGUGACUAAAGAAAUGUUUCUUAAUUCCGUUCCGAUACAUUGUCAUGGGUUGUUAGAUUCUGCUUAUGAUUAUCUAGUUUCGCACGGGUAUAUUAAUUUUGGGGUUUCGCAGUCGAUAAAAGAAAGAUUCCCCAAUGAGUAUACGAAGUCGAAUGUGAUUGUUGUUGGGGCAGGACUGGCGGGGUUGAGUGCGGCGAGGCAGUUAAUGAGGUUGGGAUUUAAGGUUACAGUUUUAGAAGGGAGGAAGCGUGCGGGUGGGAGAGUUUAUACUAUGAGAAUGGAAGGGGGAGCGGGGAAUAGGGUGAGUGCAUCGGUGGAUUUAGGAGGGAGUGUUUUGACGGGGACAUUGGGGAAUCCGUUGGGGAUUUUAGCAAAGCAGUUGGGGUUUUGGAUGCAUAAGGUGAGGGAUAAGUGUCCACUUUAUAGUGUGGGUGGGAGACCAGUUGAUUUGGAUAUGGAUAUGAAGGUUGAGACAGCAUUUAAUAGGUUGUUGGAUAAAGCAAGUAGACUUAGGCAGUUGAUGGGGGAUGUCUCAGUGGAUGUGUCAUUGGGGGCUGCGUUGGAAACGUUUAGGCAGGUUUAUGAGGAUGCUGUGAAUAAGGAGGAGAUCAAUUUGUUUAAUUGGCAUUGUGCUAAUUUGGAGUAUGCCAAUGCAGGUUUGUUGUCGAAGUUAUCAUUGGCAUUUUGGGACCAGGAUGACCCGUAUGACAUGGGAGGGGAUCAUUGUUUUUUGCCUGGAGGGAAUGGGAGGUUGGUUCAGGCUUUAGCUGAGAAUGUACCAAUUUUGUAUGAGAAGACUGUGCAUACUAUUAGGUAUGGGAGUGAUGGGGUGCAGGUUAUUGCGGGCAGCCAAGUCUUUGAGGGGGAUAUGGUGUUGUGUACGGUUCCUCUUGGAGUGUUGAAGAGUGGGUCGAUCAAGUUUAUUCCUGAGUUGCCACAGAGGAAGCUUGAUGGGAUAAAAAGGUUGGGAUAUGGACUGCUGAAUAAGGUUGCGAUGCUUUUUCCUUGCGUGUUUUGGGAAACUGACCUGGACACGUUUGGACAUUUGACUGACGAUACGAGUUCUCGAGGGGAGUUCUUCUUGUUUUAUAGCUAUGCAACUGUUGCUGGUGGUCCAAUCUUGAUUGCUUUGGUAGCAGGGGAAGCUGCUCAUAAAUUUGAGAGUAUGCCACCUACGGAUGCAGUGACCAAGGUUAUUCAAAUCCUCAAGGGUAUUUAUGAACCUCAAGGAAUCACUGUCCCAGAGCCUAUCCAAACUGUCUGCACAAGAUGGGGCAGUGAUCCAUUUACCCUUGGUUCUUACUCUAAUGUUGCGGUAGGGGCAUCAGGAGAUGACUAUGAUAUAUUAGCAGAAAGUGUGGGAGAUGGAAGACUUUUCUUUGCAGGGGAGGCCACAAAUAGGCGAUAUCCUGCAACUAUGCAUGGAGCUUUUCUCAGUGGGUUAAGAGAAGCUGCAAACAUGAUUCACCAUGCUGGCACUCGAGCCUCAAGGAUGAAGGUUAAUCGGACCCCAUCAAAGAAUGCCCACACUUGUGCUUCCCUUCUUGCAGAUUUAUUUAGGGAGCCAGAUAUAGACUUUGGGAGUUUUUCUGUUAUUUUUGGCAGAAAGAAUCCUGACCCGAAGUCAACAGCAAUUUUAAGGGUGACAUUUAGUGAACCUCGAAAGAAGAGUCAGGAAGGUUCUAGGCCAGAUCAACGGCAUUCCAAUAAGUUACUUUUUCAGCAGCUUCAGUCGCAUUUCAAUCAGCAACAACCACUUCAUGUGUACACUUUAUUGUCCAAACAACAGGCGCUUGAGUUGAGAGAGGUGAGAGGGGGUGAUGAAAUGAGGAUGAAUUAUCUCUGUGAGAAGCUAGGAGUGAAAUUGAUUGGGAGAAAGGGUUUGGGGCCUACAGCUGAUUCACUCAUUGCAUCUAUUAAAGCUGAGAGAGGUGGGCAUAAAACCCCUGCUACUUCUUUGGGUCUAAAAUCAGGGAUGUCCAAACUACAAAAGGUGACGUUGAAGCGAAAACUGGUCAGGAGAGCUAAAAUAGUGCGCAGCAGCAAUAAGUAUGUGCCUCCUCUGAAUUUGAACAUGGUAAAUGUUAAGGUGUUAGAAGAAAUUCGGACAACAAAUCAGGCACCUCCUGAAAUGAAUAGCACAGGACAAAUUCAAGUGGACAUGUUGAAGAAUGAACAGACAGCACCCUCCUGAUGAAUGGUGAGAAUGUGGAGAACUCACACUCCAUUGUGAAUGCUUCUCUCUGGCGUGGCAGAAUUUUUUCCUCCUUCUGAACUAGUAAACAGGGGCUGGUUGGAGAACUCUGUCCGUGCUAUUACUGACUGUUGAAGAUACAUGUUCCAUGCACAAAGGCUCCAGGAAUGAUGCAUGGUGUCUACAAUGAGAAUUGAAAAUUGCUGUAUCUAAUGAAACUGCAUGUCAUAAUUGAGUCCUUAUUCUUCAUCACCUCAGUCCUUCCUCGGGCAGCAUAAUGGAGAGGUAAUACCCCUGAACCAUCAACCACAAAGCUUGUCCCCAAGUUGACUUUGGUGUGGAGAAAGGGUCCUCACAAUUUAUGAAACAGCACAACUGUAUCGUGCCAUGAUGGAAAGAAGAUGUGAUGAUGUUAGCGCUGGUCAGGGUGGAAUCUGGUUUCGAUCUCCUAUAUCAUGGAAGUACAAGGUAUGAAUGAUCAUAGAUGUCAAACCUUAACAAAGGUCAAAACCCAAAAUGAGACUGCAUCUUGCUGAUUGUGGAAGACCGGCACGUAAUGAUUUGUAAAAAUAAAGAAAACAAUGAUUUAACUCUGCUGUUUGUGACAGAGGCUGGACAAUUUGGUGGCAAACAAAAAUAAAGGAAAAAAGAAAGAAAAAAAGUACUGAUUGCAAUUGUGCUUGUAAAUGCUCAAGACAAUGAACGACUUGUUCCUAGAGGUUUUGGUGAUUCUUGUUUCAUCUUGGUUCCACUGGGACUUGGUAUACUAUAUCAAAGUAUUCAGUGUAUGUAAUGAUAUUGGAACUUGGCAAAA